CAAAACGUCACUCUCCUGAAAAGAAAAAGCAAAGCAACACUAGUUUCGUCGGCAGUAGAAGAAAAUUUUCUUUUGGCUUGAUUUUUGGUUACAAAAGCGGUCAGAAACCAGAAAAUUCUAGUGCAGUUUCCGGCUCCGUUGCUGUGAGAACCAGUGGCACCAGUGAAAUACAGCGAAAAUGUCCGACAUCGAUGACGAUUUCAUGUGCGAAGACGAGGAGGACUACGGGCUGGAAUAUUCGGAAGAUAGCAACUCGGAGCCGGAUGUGGACCUGGAAAACCAAUACUACAACAGCAAGGCACUCAAGGAGGAGGCUCCCCAUGAAGCGCUCAAGUCCUUCCAGAAAGUGUUGGACCUGGAGAACGGCGAGAAGGGUGAAUGGGGUUUCAAGGCACUUAAACAGAUGAUCAAGAUCAACUUUAAACUGCAAAACUAUCCGGAAAUGAUGACUCGAUACAAACAACUGCUGACCUACAUAAAAAGCGCUGUGACACGAAACCACUCAGAAAAGUCUAUCAAUUCAAUUCUAGACUAUAUUUCCACUUCUAAAAAUAUGGAACUGCUGCAAAACUUUUACGAAACCACCCUCGAUGCACUGAAAGAUGCCAAGAACGAUCGACUAUGGUUCAAGACCAACACGAAACUCGGCAAGCUGUACUUUGACCGGAGCGACUUCGGCAAGCUUCAGAAGAUUCUCAAACAGUUGCACCAAUCCUGUCAGACGGACGAUGGCGAAGAUGAUCUCAAGAAGGGAACCCAGCUGUUGGAAAUCUACGCCCUCGAGAUCCAAAUGUACACCGUUCAGAAGAACAACAAGAAGCUAAAAGCCCUGUACGAGCAAUCGUUGCACAUAAAAUCGGCCAUCCCGCAUCCUCUGAUCAUGGGCGUCAUUCGGGAGUGCGGUGGCAAGAUGCACCUCCGGGAGGGCGAGUUCGAAAAGGCUCACACGGACUUUUUCGAGGCGUUCAAAAACUACGACGAAUCGGGUUCGUCACGGCGCACGACCUGCCUCAAAUAUCUGGUGCUGGCAAACAUGCUGAUGAAGUCGGGAAUCAAUCCGUUCGACUCACAGGAAGCGAAACCGUACAAGAACGAUCCGGAGAUUUUGGCCAUGACCAACCUGGUGGUGAGCUACCAGAACAAUGAUAUCAUGGAGUUCGAGGCGAUUUUGCGAAACAAUCGCAACAACAUUAUGGCCGAUCCGUUCAUCCGGGAGCACAUCGAGGACCUGUUGCGUAACAUCCGGACCCAGGUGCUGAUCAAGCUCAUUCGCCCGUAUACCAAGAUUACGAUUCCGUUCAUAUCUAAUGAACUGAACAUCGAGCCGGUCGAGGUGGAGAGUUUACUGGUUUCCUGCAUUCUGGAUAGCACAAUCCAGGGACGCAUCGACCAGGUCAACCAGGUGCUGGAGUUGAACAAAGAGGCCCGCUGCGGAGCACGUGAUGGCGCCAUCGAGAAAUGGUCCAGCCAGAUCAACUCGGUACAAACGGCCAUCAUCAACAAAAUGGCCUAGAGGCGUGGUGGCGUUAAGGGCACAACACAUCAACCGAGGGUAAGUUCUAGUUCUAGCUGCGGAAUCAACACGAGUACGCAAAGAUUGGGGGUCCGCGCCAGUGUUCACAACUCCCAGUUUAGAUAAGUAUCGAAACAGAAACAAAACAAACAAACAAAAAUCGCGGGAAGGCUAGUCCUGUCCGCACCAUCCAACCGCUUUCAACCAUUUUUCAUUAUUAUUCGAAACGAGAAGGUAAAGAAAUGAAAACAGGAAUGUAAAGGAAGCUCACAAUAAAGACCGACGGUAGGAGUCACCCGUUGUUAUUAUAAAAGUAUAAA